UCAAAUCCCACCAUCUGCCAUGGCAGGACUGAAACCUGGGUCCACAGAAUAUUACCUGGGUCACUGGAUUAACAGCUCAGUGAUAAUAUAACGAUGCCACCACCUCCACAGCUGCUAUGAGCAUUUCUGGCAUUGUCUGUUUAUUUAAGUUGUCCAGCAUUAUUUUGCCUCUACCUCAAACUCAAAAGUCAAAACCAUUUGUCAAUUGAGAAAACUUCAAAUUGUAUCUUUACGAAACAAUAUUGAAUAUUACAGUAACCUAGUAGAUUUCCCAGAAGUAUUUUGCAGGAAUUGUGGAAAUCUAGAUUGCACAAGCUGAUCAUUCCACCAUUACAUUUCAAAAGUGAUAGGAUUUAAUGAUGUACCAGAUUCUAAAUGUAUAGAUAACCAUAUAUAACAGGAAAAGGUUGACACUGUUGAACUGUGAAGAUUUCAGUAGGUCUGAAGGUUGGAACUGUGCAAUAAAAAUGUCAUUUUGCCUUCUUACUGUUUUAGAAAAUUGAAGAAUCCAUUCAUGAGGGGAAUGAACAAUUUGGGUAUUGAUAAAUAUGAGGACUGUACUGAGGAGAAUCGAGGUGGGGAAGCAAGUACCGACUGUCGGGAUGCAUUUCAGCAGCUUCUGAAAACUCUUGGGCUGUGGGAAUUUUAUCCCAACAAGCUGUCCCUGAAUAAAGUAAAGGAGAUGAAUAUUGAGACUGUGGAGGACAAGAAAUCCACCAGUACAACAGAUAUCCCUUGGCAUUUCCUCAGGCUGCUAAUGGAGGCAAAUUCUAAUGCCAGAAAACAGGACACAUCUGAAGAUGGAACAUCGGAAGAUGAUUUUAAUUCUUACUCUCAAAGUCCGAAUGCUACUGCAAUGUCUUUCCAUCCACUGGACAUUAUUUCUGCGAUCUUUGUGUGUGCAGACACUAUUCUGCAGCAGGAAGUGAUUCUCCGAAUGUCCUUGUGCCAGUUUGCAUUUCCAAUCGUCAUGCCGAGUCCGGAAGGGAGACCAACUUUUCUUAUGCAUCCCAUGCGCUUCUUCGUGAGGAGAUACCGACCUCAAUCAAUGAGAGACAGGGCGGGAUACAUUGAGGAAUGUAUGGGCACAUCUAGUCUUCCAACAUUCGCUUUUGUUCGAUUUGGCAACUGCUCAUCAUCAAAAUCUAAACUAUUAAAUCAGGUUUUCAGCAACUCACAACCCAGUCUGGAUUAUUUUGUCCAUUCUGAUAUGCGAUGUGGCGAUAUAAGCAGGAAGGUUUCAGACGGAAUGAUAGAAAUGAUCUGGUAUUUGCCAUCUGGCAGUAAGGAUAUUGACAUCAUUCCAGAGGCUGUGGCAGUCAUGAAUCUCCGAGGGGAUGCCCAAAACUUUCCGGAACACGUCCAGUUCCUGAGUAAAGUUGCCACCACUCUGUUUGUUUUCAUUGAGCAUUUGAACGAACAAGCCGAAGCAUUUCUGUUUUCCAAUCCUCAGAUUCAACAGAGACUGUUUUUAAUUAUUAAUUCCCAGGUGGCACAAAUAUAUCUCCACUUAGAAAGGUUGAUUGAAGCUAAAUUAAUAGCAAAAGAUCAUAUUUUAACAAAAUACCGAAAAAACAAAGAAGACUUUCUACGAACUAUUCGAUCCAAAUUAAUAGAGAUUCUGAGAAAGGGGGCAGAAGUGAACGAGGAGGCACUGAGUUUGCAAGCAAUGAUCCCAGCAGCGAGGGCCAGUAAGUUUCUGAUCGAUGAAGACAACAACGUGAUUUCAGAAGCUUGGGGAAAAUCCGAAGAAAUUCUUCGAGGAAUUGUGAGCAAAGGCAUUAAAAUGAUCCGAGAGAGAGAGUUGUAUUUCCAAGGAGAUACUUGGGAAAAGAUUUCAGGCAUCGAUAAGGAAAUGUGUCAGUUAAAGAGUCUCAGUGAUGCUAAUGUUUCAGAUUAUGUCAGUCGGCUGCAGAGAGAGAGAGAAGAUCUUUGUCGGGCACUUGCACGUCGUGGGAUGUCGAAUCUGAUGAGGCAAAUAAUCCUUGGGCUCCAGACAAUGGGAAACCAAAGGAAACUUUUCCUAAAUUGCCUAAGAAAUGCAUUGGAGUCAAACUCAGUCACAGUGUCUCAUAGUAACAUAAUGUUAAACCUGGAGACUGAGGAGCAAGUGCAGAGUCAAAGUAUUCAGGAACAAUUGACUGAACAAUCCUGCUUCAUCCUGAUCCUGGACACUGAGGGCUUGCGGGCUCAGGAACGGUCCAGCCUGGAUGGCCAAAAUGAGCAUGACAAUGAACUGGCCACUCUGGUGGCUGGCUUAAGUGAUUUGAUCAUCAUAACCAUGUCCACAGAGACUGCCUCAGAAACGAAGGACAUCCUGCAAAUUGUUGUCCAUGCCUUAAUUCGUAUGAAAGUGGUCGGGAAAAGACCCAAUUGUCAAUUUGUCCACCAAAUGGUUGGAGAUGUGUCUGCACAUCAGAAGAAUGUGGGGAGUCACAAAUCAUUGCACCAGGAGCUGGACACACUGACCAAGAUUGAAGCUAAAACUGAGGGGCAAGAUCACAAAUUCUCAAAGUUCUCUGAUAUUUUGGAUUAUGACUCCAAGAAAAACAAUUGGUACAUCCCAGGGCUGUGGUGUGGCACUCCCCCGAUGGCGCUAGUUAGUAUGGGAUACAGUCAGAAGGUGACAGAACUCAAACACAAGAUUUUGCAGCAUUUUCUCAACAGGAGACCUUCCACCAUGCAAGAGUUCAUUCGCUGGAUGGAAAGUACAUGGAACGCAGUGAAACAUGAGAACUUCAUCUUCAGUUUCAGGAACAGCUUGGUGGCAGAUGCCUACAAUCGACUGUCAGAGAAGUACUCGGAUUUGGAGUGGAAGCUGAGGAGUGAGGUCCAUUCCUGGCUUCAGAAAGAAAUCAGUCAAAUUGCCAACUGUGAAGGGGACCUUCAGGAACUCAAAGGAACUUUGGAUAUUGACGUUCCAAGGAUGAUCAGUGAAAAGAAAAGUCAAAUACUGGAUGAGAUGGAGAGGUAUUUUCAGGAGGACACCAACCAGGCACAUCUGAUUGAGAAUUUUAAAGCAGAGACAGCAGCGGGUUUUGACUCACUGAGUCGGGAGCUUGAAACACGCACAAAGAUGAGAUGUGAGGAAGCAUUGAACAGGCGGAGAGACCUUAACGAAUUAAACCGCAUUUUAAGUAGUUUCAGUGAGAGAAUCCAAGAGAAGAUUGAUCUGCUCUUGGAUAAUUUGAAACUUAAAUCGACAGAUCAAGGUGACAAUGAACUGAGUGAAGCCUUUGAAACAAUAUGGAGAGAAGUCAUGGCAUCAGUACAUUUCCAGCCCAUAGCAGUCAACAUCGAGGGAGACAUGGAAAAGAGCUUGAGGGAAAAUACAAGGACGCAAGGAAGAAUCCUCCCAAUGAAGCUCACAUCUGGGAAGAGUCUUGUUGAGUUAAGCAACGUGGAAUGGAAGAUCACUGAGCAACAUCUGGGAACAAACAAAACAUCUUUCCUUGAUAUGUUUAAAGGAAAGUUACGUGCAGCUUAUACUCUGAUACGUUCCUACCAUCAAAAUAAAGAAAACUUGGAAGACGAGAAUGUGGCACAAUGGGAGGUAACUGCACGUUUACUGGAGGCGAAGAAGAAAACUCUCCAAUUGAUAUCACAAUGUGACGAUUAUGUCGAAGAGAUUGUUAAGAGAGGUGAGAGUUACAACCUGCUUCUUUGUAAUGAACUUCUGCGAGAAGUGGACAGAAAUCUACAGACACUUGAUGCGGAGACACUCAAAGUCAAUGAGCUAUUAAGUACAGAUGUGAAAAUCCAUGUGUGUGGCAAAGCCAUUCAGAGAUUUCAGGAGAUGUAUGAUCGAUUCUGUGACAAACAUAAUCCCCUGAAGAGACUAGCGAAUGAGAGACAUUAUUACUUUACAAUGUUUAAAAGCAUAUACUCUGAAAAGGACCAGAGUGAGACGUGUGCGAGAUUAUUCUGUGAUUCCUGUUUGGAGCCCGCUCUGUUGGAAGCUCUCAAACAGCAACUGGGCUCAACAAUUGUGGAUCACCUUAAAAAAGAGCAAAAGAUAGAACUUACGUCACGCAGAAACCUUCAAGUGGGGAUCAUGUUGUAUCUAAAAAAGCUCAAAAGCUUUGACAAGUACUGUCAGUACUUUGAACAGACCGGAAAGUUUGAACAAGUUUGGGUAAAAGAGCAAGUGCUGAACCAUUGUAAAGGGCUGAACAACAACAAAUCCAUGUUUUAUUGCAUAGCUCAGGAGGUGCUGCAGCAGAAGCUGGUCACUGACAGCUGCACAGCAACAGCCACCGCAAUUUAUUUGUACCAGAAAGAUAAAGGACAUUGGGAGCAAAGAUUUUUCCGGAAUAUAGAUGAGCUACUUUUGAAGAGGCGUUAUAUCGAAAUGCAAUGUGAGGAAUACAGUUCCUGGAACAUUCCUUCAAAUCCGAAGGCUAGGGUGCCAUCUUAUUGGAAAUGGGUCCUGUACACCUAUAACAAGGAGUUUGCAGAGAAAUACAAGGUGAAUCCUGCAAGAAACAUUUCCAACUGGAAUAUUCCAUGGGAGAAGAUCGUGUCCGAACUGGAAGCUGAGUAUGGUGUGAAGGUUGGGGAGACUGGAAUAAUCCAAACCUCGUAUUAUCAAGGAUAA